AGGGAAUUGAAACGGACCGUCUCAGCAAGCUCUCUACAGACGCUUCCCGAGCGCCAUGACGUCACGUUACGUACCUCAUGUGACAAAGUCAUGUGCGCCCCACUGCACUUGUGGCUGAGGCCAGAUGCUCCUUCUUGAGCAACUUCUUGCUUUGCUUCAUUUGCACCUCAGGGUCUGGUUCUGUUUACAUCGCUCUGAAAUCAAUCAACAACUCUGUCAACAUCGCAAAUAACAGUUGCGAAGCAAGCAGCAAGAGCUAGAUUCAAAAAGGAGGUCGAGCAAGAGAAGGAUCGUAUCGCUGCGAUGGCUUUCCCAGGGCAGCAACAAGUGCAGCAGCAGAUGCAUAUGCAGCAGCCGCCGUACAAUGACUCCAUCUUGACCAUCACGGAGAAGAGCUGUGCCGACCCGUAUGUGCUGUUCGAUAAGGGCACGUAUUACAUGACAUGGACCACAGGUUGUUCGGUUGAGAUAUGGUCGGCGGAGAGUCUGUUUGAUUUUGAGAAGAGGUGUAAGAAGGAUAUCAUCUGGUGGGCUCCGAAAGACCAGCCAUACUCUGGCGACGUGUGGGCGCCAGAACUCCACUCCAUCCACGGCCGCUGGUAUGUGUACUUCGCAGCCGCUGAUCCGAAACACGGCAACAAGUCCCACCGCAUGUUCAUCCUCGAAGGCCCACCUGCAGACCAAUCGCCCCUGGUACCCGACAACUGGAAAUUCUUCGGCCGUGUCGGCGGCCUGCCCGACGAUCAGUGGGCCAUCGACGGGACCGUCAUCACCCUCGGUGGCACAAUGUACUUCGUCUACUCCGGCUGGCCGCCCGGCGUGCACGAGAACGAGUCCCGACAAGAAAUCUACAUCAUCCAGAUGACCUCUCCAACACAAUGCACUGGACACCCCAUCCGCAUCAGCACGCCCGACUUGCAGUUCGAAUUCUCCGGCGCCAGCGGCAUCAAUGAAGGACCGCAGUUCCUCUGUUCGCCCGACGGACGCUGGAUCGGCAUCGCAUACUCGUGCGCUGGCUCCUGGACGCACGAGUACAAGAUGAACGUCUUGUACUGGACCGGCGGGCAUGCGCUCGAUCCGCAGUCAUGGUGCAAAUCAAACAGGCCCUUGCUGCAAGCCAGCCGCGACGAUAGUCCCCCGUACGGCCCAGGCCACGGCAACUUCGUGCUCGUCAAUGGCCCCGGCGGGCCAGAGGUGUGGGGUGUUUUCCACGCCACCGACGCGAAGACGGGCUGGGAGGGCAGGAAAGCGCGGCUUAUGCGUGUGGGAUGGGCUCAUGGGGGGCCGUUCAUGGGCAGCGGAGAGUGUGGACGCUGCUGCAGUGAUGUUAACCAUUUCAUUCAAGGCUGUCCCGGGGGCCAGUGCGGUGGCAAGGGACACGCGGGAGGUGCUGGCGGUGCUGGAGGACAGUAUGUUCAGGGCGAUGCACAUGGCGUGCAUGGGAAUGCGAGUGAUAGUGCGAACGUGAAGAACGAGCUGAAGAACCUGGCGAAGCAGGGGAAGGGCUUGAUUAGUAAGUUUCUCAAGUAACUUAUCUUAAACCAUGAGGGUCUGUUUGCGAGGCGUUGCGAGCCGUGUAGGCGUGCGGUAAAUGUAAGAAAGCUCGGAGAGGGAAGUUAUAGAAUUGUGGCCUGUUUCUGUAUGCAGAGUUUCCAG